UCUCCUCUAGAGAACAGGCGAGACGUGUAUGCUUCAUCUCCUCUAGAGAACAGGAGAGGCGUGUAUGCUUCAUCUCCUCUAGAGAACAGGAGAGGCGUGUAUGCUUCAUCUCCUCUAGAGAACAGGAGAGGCGUGUAUGCUGCAUCUCCUCUAGAGAACAGGCGAGACGGGUAUGCUUCAUCUCCUCUAGAGAACAGGCGAGACGGGUAUGCUUCAUCUCCUCUAGAGAACAGGCGAGACGUGUAUGCUUCAUCUCCUCCAGAGAACAGGAGAGGCGUGUAUGCUUCAUCUCCUCCAGAGAACAGGCGAGGCGUGUAUGCUUCAUCUCCUCUAGAGAACAGGCGAGACGUGUAUGCUUCAUCUCCUCUAGAGAACAGGCGAGACGUGUAUGCUUCAUCUCCUCUAGAG